UCACUGUCAACAAAGUUUUGAAUCGGUUAGAGCGGCGUUAAGCAUUAAAACGGGUUUUAGAUGUUUUACAGUUCAAAUGACCCGACAGACACAUUUACUGCAAGGAGGCUUCAGUGAGUUUAUGUGUUGAAUACAUUAAGGAAGGAUAAACGGUGAUCUUGAACAUGAGCCUGUUUGAAAGUCAGUGAGCUUAGAGAGGUGGCGGCUCUGUGUUAACAACAUGAGUGAGCAAAGACACGCCAGAAGAAGCGAAAAGAGCCAGAAGAGUCGAGUUAAGGAUGGAGGAAAGACGCCGAGCUCAAGAAAGACGAGAGAAAGCAAGGUUUUGGCAGAAAGGAACCCACUCGUGGUCCCAGUGGCAGCCUGGGUGGAGACUGGAGCCGAGAGGCAGGAGCACCCAGCGGUUCGUGCCAGGCUCACUGAGGAGGUCCAUGAAGAGGUGUGCAGGGAGAAGGAGGAGAGCCUGCGGCUUUUUCAGGAUGCAGUGCGCAAGCGAGUGUCCCGACAGGCCUGGCUUCGCAAGCAACAGCAGCUACAGAGGUCAUACGAAACGGCUGAGAGGGAGGGCAGAGUAGUCCAACAAAGCAGUGAUGCAGCCCAGCACCUUACGCCUCGGAAGAGCCUGUUCCCGUCAUGGCCACAACGGGAGCUAGCCAUCUGCAACUCGCACUCAGUUACAGCUCAAGAGUUCCCCACUGGUACUGCUAAUCAGUACACCCAUCAGCUUAGCAAAGUGAUGAAGCAGGUGAGACUCCGACUGGCUGCCUGUCAAACUGUACGAGAGGGAGAGGAGCUAUCAGAGCUGCCAGGGGGAUUAUGGAAAGUAUCUCCAACAAGAGAUAAGCCGGUAUUACAAGUGAGGAAAGUAAUGGAGGAUGAGAAAGAGGAAGAUGACGAUGAUCAAGAAAACCAGGCGGGACUGGGAGAGGAAGAAGAGAUUCCAUUAGCAGGGCAGCACGAUCGCCCAUUUCACAGUAGCAAAACAGUCACUUUCCAGAAUGAUGUGGUGUGUGGCAGGCUGGUGAAAGAGCUACAUCCCACAAGCACCAAAAGUGACUACAGAUCCACUCAGGUGCUGUGGCCAGGAGAGGAUGAAGAGGAGCUAAAGAGACAGAGACAGUCUCAGUUCCUCAUGUAUCGGCGUCUCUUUAUGGACAUUGAGCGGGAGCAGGUCAAGGAGCACCAGCGACAAAGGAAACACCUGAGAAGAAUUGCAAGAAUUAAAGCAGAGAAAGAACAACAGAGGAGCGAGGAGGAGAGCCGAAUGGAGCGUGUGAGGCAGCAGGAGGAGAGCCGGAGGGAGGUGGCCGAGAGGGAGCGCCUCAUUCUGGAACAGCUCCGGCUGGAGGCAGAGGAGUAUGAGGAGGAAGUGAAGAAGAGUGAGAGAGCAAAGAAAGUAAAAGAGAACACAAGGUACAUUGAGGCCUUGCGGGCUCAAAUGAAGGAGAAGCUGGAGCAGGAGAAAGUGGAGCUUCCUCCACUCUGCUGCUGUGGGGACAGCUUCUGGGACUCACACCCUGACACCUGCGCUAACAACUGUGUCUUUUACAACAAUCCUAAAGCCUAUGCUCAGGCCCUGCACUCUGUGCUGCUGAGCUGUGACCUGACCGAAGGCAGCGUAAGCCACAGGAGCACCACAUGGAGAAUCGCCUCCAUGCAUGCACUAUCGCCUCGGAGGUGACCCCUUUCACUGACCUCAGGUUCAGUCGGUCCUUUUCCUCACACUGACCCCGUGCCAGGUUCACAGACCAUAGAAUCACAAUAGCACAAUGCUUAACAAAUACCUCAACAUCAGUUUGUUUACUUUGUCCGGAUUUUUUUCAACUGAAGUGACACGGACAGCAUAUACAAACUUACAUUGGCAUCCUUUUUUUUUCUUGUGAUUUUUUUUUACUUGCAAAACUUAACUUGCAAAACAGAAUAUGUCUUAAGAGAGAUGCCAGUAUUCACAUAUAAAUGACACCUCAAACACCCUAUUCCCUCUAUGCUCUCUAAUUCAGGACAGGCAUUAUGCAAAUGAGCUGAAUGGCGACCAAUCAAAUUGAUGUGUGGCAGUGUAACCGAUUGUGUCAAACCCAAAGUCAAGUUACAUACUGAAAUUUGAAACUCAAACAUACAAAGGUGGAAGUAUAAUGAUUGAAAGGCAAUGAAUGUAUAUAAAAUUUGAGGCAUUAUUGGAUUAGUUGAUUUAUUUUUUAAACGAUGAAACUAAAAAAAAAAGAAUAAAUAAAAUUUCACUCUGGGCUUCCAAUUUUGCCCAUGUUGUAGCGGGAAACCCCGAAGCCGCCCGCAGUUGGUAAGGGAAGUGAUUUGGCUCCCUGCAAUAAAAAUGCUUAACCAGUAAAUAAACCUACUUGAAAAAAAUAAAUAAAACACAAAAUAAGUUUUAAAAUGUUUUUUUAUAAUUAUCUUAAUCUGUUACACUUGAACAGUCCUGAAAUCUGGAGUUUCUGCAGCCCCACUUUCCAGGCCCUGAUGUGUUUAUCAGGCUUUUCCCACUGUAACAAGAUUACGCUUACAAGAAGGAGUAUCAAUAUGCCUGUGUUUGCCUGCAUAAUAAAAGAAUAGUUUGGCAAAAAAAAAUCAAUUUAUGUGAUUUUCCAGUUACCCCAGAUGUGGUCAAACAUAAGUUUGUUGUGAACAUUUUGCUUCUUUAGCUUUGAACUGGAGUUAAGAGGCUUAUGUAAAUAGUCACCCAAACUGUUUCCACAAAUAUAUCUCCAAAACUUCUCUCAACCCACUCAGACUGCAUCCAGGUCUUCAUUUAGGUUAUGCAAACAAAUUUUAAUCUCACUAUGAGCUAUAAAAGUGAAAACAGAAAGGUUUUUAGCUAAAAAUAAAAAAACGAAGAAAGACAAAGGAAUUAGGAUAACUGCAAACACUUUGUUUUCCUGAGCACAAUUUGGGAUCGUUCUAUGAAGACAACCAAACUAACUGACACUGUUUGAUUAAUUACCCUGUUUCUUUUUGGUUUUACAGUGAAGUGAGAUGUUAGUGCUAAAACUAAUGUUUGUGGUGUAAUUAUUCUGUAAGUGUGACUUUGUGUAUUUUGCGAAAUGUAUUUGAUGCAGGGAUGAUUGUACAAAUUUUGAGUAAUAAAAUCCAGUGAAU